ACAAAUGUAGGAUAGGGAGGGAGGGAGUGUUGGCUCCGGGGCUUGUAAAGAGUUGCUCCUGAAGUUAUUCGGAAAUGAAUGGUUUUCUACACGACGGAGAGGGCUAAUCAUUUGCCAACAGCGUACGUGUACGAAGAAGCCAAAAAACAUGUCAGCAAUCAAGAUUGCCCUGCAGCAGAGCCAGAAGAGGGGCAGAAGGAAAACCUCUGAGACAAUGUCUGCAGAGGUGUCACCAGACUCCAAGUGUCCCAUCUGUUUGGACAUAUUCAACAACAUUUCUUACCUGGAUCUCUGCCUGCACAAGUUCUGUUUCCGCUGUAUUCAUGAGUGGUCCAAGAACAAAGCUGAGUGCCCUCUAUGCAAACAGCCAUUUCAUUCAAUCUAUCACAGUAUAAAAUCGGAGCAAGACUUUAAGAAGUAUGACCUUCGGCCGGUGGAAAGUACCUCUUUUGGGACUUUUCAAGGAGUGCGAUUUAGAUACCGCACAACUCUUACCGGGGUCCAUCGACAGAUGCGAGGAAGGACCUCUCCACCUCCAGAUAACGGAGUAAUGUUUGAAGCCUCAGCAAAUGCUCCACAACAGCCGCAGGACCGUUACAUCCGGCGGAUGAUGAUGAGGUUGGCAGCCAAGAGGAGAGCUGCGAGUGAAGGCAGGGCUGUGAACAAUGUCAGAGAGCAGGAAAUGGUGAACUUCAGGAGGGAACUGUAUCGACGGGGAGUGAGGGUUCGGAAUGUCCGGGAUGGUGGCCGCUCCCGAGACACCUCAGCUGAGUUUUUCCGACGUAAUCCUGCUUGCCUGCAUAGACUGAUCCCCUGGCUAAAAAGAGAACUCAUUGUGCUGUAUGGAGCCCAUGGCUCUUUGGUCAACAUAGUUCAACACAUCAUCAUGUCACGCAUUACACGUUACGACAUGGAGGAUGGAGCUAUUCUGGAAGAGCUCAGGCCAUUCCUCCAGGGGCGCACAGAGCACUUUCUGCAUGAGUUCAUCAGCUUUGCAAAGUCCCCCUUCAAUAUGGAGGCCUAUGACCAGCAUGCUGCCUACGACUACCCAGCCCCUUCCUCAAAUGAAGGCAGCAGCUCCAAUUCAUCUGUAAUAGCUAUCUCAGAGGAUGAAGAGCACUCGGCGGAUUUGGACCCGCCAGGAGACUCCACUUCUACUCUGAGCCACUCUGUGUGGGAUGAUGAGACGCCUGGGCCAUCAUACUCCACAACAGCAGAGCGGAGCAGGGCAGAGUGUCUGUCAGUCCUUGACUCAGACUCAGACAGCAGUUUAGAGGAGGAGACACGUGAGUCUAGGGCCUCUUCACAGCAAGUGAGUCCUCAUAACCAAACAGACAUGAUCCAGGGUGAAGUUAACAACGAAGAGUGUCCCUCUUAUGACAGCGAUGACUGUGUUAUUGUUGGUUAUGUUAAGCCAACAGCAGAGAGAACACCUGAGCUGGUCCAGCUCUCCUCUAACUCCGAUGAGUCUGACUGUGAAGAUAUUAAAGCAGUGCCUCUACUACCUCAGCACAUCCGCUUCUGCAGUCUGAGUCCUGUAGCUUCACAGAGUAGUGAUCCAAGUGGUGCUGGACAGUCAGAAAAUGUAGAUUCAGAACAUUGUCAUCCUUUGGCUUUAAGAGAAAGGUGUAGCUCUUCGACAUCCAGCAGGCACAAGACGUCCAGUAAGUCAGACAGAAAAGACACAGACAGAAGAUUUGAGUGUAAUGAUAGAUCUAGGGACAGGCACUGGUCAAAGGACGGAGACCGUUGGAGGAAGAGGAGGUCGAGAAGUUCAGAGCGCAGGCACUCUACCAGGAGCUUGGUGAUCUCAAAAUGUGACCGUAAUUAUAAAAAGAGGGACAGUGAUAGCAGCUAUCAGUCAUAUAGGCAUUACUGCGAAGAGAGAAAUAAUAGUGGGAUGCAUUACACGGAGAGGCGGUCCUACUACUACAGUAGCCGCAAAUACUCCGAUCGGCGCUCCCACUCCAGGAGCCGCAGCAGGGACUCGCGGAGACGAGACAGAAGGCACUCUCGUUCUCGUACUCCUUCCAGCAGUCACUCCCCUUUGACGAAAAGGAGGCCUCACAACGACAAGCCCGGCGGAAAGAGAAAAUACAAAACGAGACAUUUGGAGGAAGCGUCCAAAAAAGAACUUUCCAAUUCAAAUGCUGAAGGUGACUCCCCUGUAAAACACAAGAAAAAGAGCAAAGAGAAGCAUCGCAAAAAAUCCAAAGACAGGUCGAGGAAGACCAGCAGGAGCCUCAGCGUGGAGCUCGUCAACGAGGAAAACUCUCACGAGCGAAGCAAGCGCCACCACAAGAAAAAGAAGAAACACAAGAAGAAAAGCAAAAGGCACAAGAGUAGUGAACGCACUGAGAAGCACUCACCUGCUGUCAUCACCAUUGAUAGUGACAGUGACUCUUGUGCUCAUGACACCCAGACAAGCAGUGGUAAUAAGGACAACCCCAUCAGCAGUACCACAGAUGACCCAGUGGACCCAUCCCCUCUGGACACGCUUGAGUAGUUAAUUGGAAUUUCAGAUUCCAGCUGUGUGUGGUGGGAACUGAUGGAUUCACACUCAGCUGCUAAUGUCUGCCAGCAGUAUUUUAGAUCAAAUCAAUGUUCAGUAUGUUGAAGUUCCCCACACGUUGAAGGAUAUAGUUUCACAUGUAUCCCUUUACAUGCCACCAAAGUGUUUUCUACUGAGACAGUUGACAGGACGCUGGCUUACAUGACGAAUGCAGAUAUCUGUAGUGAACUGAAAAGUUGUCAGCAUCAGAUAAAUGACCAUGUUUUAAAGACCAUCACGGUCUGGUUUCUUGACUGUGUUCACAAACAUCUAAAACAAUCCUAUUCUGUGUGCCAAGUGCCACUAUGAACAGAAUGGAAUUAAAUUAGGAGGUGCAUAUCUUUUUUUUUUAAGUGUCAAUUCUUAUUCAGGAAAUUUUCUUUAAUGGAUGUAUUUUAUUUCUAUGGUGCUCUCAGGGAUAAUAUUGAUUACAGUGAUUUUUCUUUUUUGUCAUCAUAAGUCUGCUAUAUUCUCGAGGCAAAACAAUUCCUACCUGCUGCACAUGGAGUAGUACUUAUACACAAGUGGUGUUUGGAUUUCAGAAUGGGUUCUUUUGUAUUGGAAUUUAUUUAAAAUAAAUUGUAAAGAACAACUUUGCACAGUUGGUUUUCUGUUUAUGUCUUAGAGGCGCAGGUUAACUGUGUUGAAAAUAUUGUUGGGAACAUAUUGAUAAUACGUGAGCCAUACAUUUGCCAACUGUCUUAAAGUGACUUCAGCUAGAUUGAUGUGUUUUUUUACUUUGUGUGUUUUGGCAAUGGUAAAAUGUCGUCAAACAUCUUUGGUACAUAACAUGCAGCACAAACCUAUUUGUGGAAUUGCCAUUAUAAGUAAGGGUUGGUGUUUCCCCUAUGCAAACACACCAGGUAAAACUGACUUUUAAAACCCCUAGAUAGAUACAUGGUUUUCAUAUCCAAGAUGAGAUUAUUAAGUGUUGGAGGAGCAAAAACCCUGUUUACUAGUUGACAUCUUGUGUUAGAGCUUCAAACUAGAUCAAAGAUCUAAAACAGUUGUAGGGAAGAGGGAAGAGAAGCUUUGUAGCCUCACAAAUAAGAGGAGUGGUCACAGUGUUGCAUGCAAAUUCAGCAAACUCAAAACAUCCCAUGUGUUUGUGGUGCCACUUGAAAUCAAGAUAUGGCUGUGGCUGUUUAUUUAUUUAAUCAGACAGGCUUUUUUGUCUGUCUUCCAUAUGUGUUCUAUGAUACAGAUCUGCAAAGAGCUGGGCUGAUGAAACUCUUUGGUGUAGAAGGGUUAGAUGCAAAACUCGGUCUUAAAAUCUGUCGUAUUAACACUGAUAAUAAUUUAUCUUUCAUUUUGGCGGUGACAAAGUGUUCAGGGAACACCUUUGAGGGCUCUGUAAGUGUGUUGAAAUAGCAAACCAGGAAGUGAAACAAGAUGAUGAAUGAUCACUUUAUGAUAUAGCCAAUUAAAUGCCUGUUUUAUUAGUGUGUGUGUGUGAGAGAGAGAGAGAGAGAGAGAGAGGUUGGUCUUUGGACUCCUGGCAGUGUAAUACAGCAGUGUCCAUUUACAUGAGCACAGUCAACACUGAAAUGCCUCGCUCUGUCCUCUAAAUUUUCUGUGUCAAGGCCACAUUCAGUCAGGGAACGUUCACAUUAAAGGACUAUACCACAGUUUUUGCACAGUUUUGCAUGUCUUACCACAAAUUAAAUAUAAUAUUCUUCAGAGGACUGCAGACUAUUUCAAAAGCAUGUUCUUAUGUUUGAAUUUAAAUGUGUUUUUUCCUUUCUUAUAAUUUCUUUCCUUCUUUUA